CAAUAACAACAGAGAGACAGUUUACGACUUGUUUGGAGCUUGUGGAGCAGCGCGCGGAGAUGGAGCUGUCAUCAAUAGGAGACCAAGUGUUUGCUGUUGAGUCAAUAACAAAAAAGAGAGUGAGAAAGGGUAAUGUGGAGUACCUACUGAAAUGGCAAGGAUGGUCACCAAAGUACAGUACUUGGGAACCAGAGGAAAAUAUUUUGGACCCGCGUCUGGUCCUGGCCUACGAAGAGAAUCAGGAGAAGAUCAGAGCUCUGGCCUAUCGCAGGAAAGGUCUCAGACCCAGGAGGCUCGUCCUGCGGAAUAUCUUUGCCAUGGACCUCCGCAGUGCCAACAAGGCCUUGGAGAAGCCCCCCCCUCGAUUGCGUCUCUCCCUCACGCGCUCCAUGAGCACAGAUGUGGACCAGGGCGAGCAGAGCAGCCUGUACCGUGGCCUAGCCAGGAGGAAGAGCAAGCAGAGGGUGUCCAAACGGGGGCCAGCGGGACCCUCAAACAAAACCACCUUCCCACUGGAGAAGAUGGAGGAGCCCAUUGAAGAGGACUGGGGCGUCACCAGCGAAGAAGAGAAGCAUGAGUCUGAAAGCAUUACCGAAGAGAGAAGUAAAGACAGUUUAUAUGGUCAGUCAGAGUGCGGCUCCCCACCCUUGCUUGAGCGACAGGACUUAGAGAUGGACGUAGAGGAGAAGGUGGACGCCGACCUGACAGCGGUAGGCACAGAAACGUGGAUUGACAGACCGGGCGGAGGGACAUCUGAAACGAGACAGAACCAAACGUUUGCGUGCGACCAAUCAAAAGACAGUGUCUCGGUGCCUGAGGCCAUACCAGAAGAUGUGGUUUCUGUGAGCGACAGGUCCGAGUGGGACUUAGGUGAGGAGAGCGUGGAGUCAGAAGGAUUAGAGAUUAGAUUAGAGAGCAGUGUUUGUCAGAGCAGCAGCACGACCUCGGUGAUAGUCAGCGUUCAGGGGAGCAGCAAGACGGCAUGUGAGUGCUCCCCUACUGAGGCGAGGAAGGAGGAAGGGAGUGACGACAGUUCGAGUUUUACCACGACGGCGCCGGGCGCUCAGACUGCGCCCGUUGCAGCAGAACUACCCGGGAACGUGAUUUCUACAGACGUGACUAUCAACUCUCUGACGGUGACUAUUAAAGAAGCUGUUGUGGCUGAAGGCUUCUUUAAGGGCUAUUGAAUAAUGAGAAAGAGAUGACGAGAGAUCAGAAUAACCAUAAUCAGACUAGCCACUCAUUUUAUACAUGUAAAUAUAUGUGUAUAUUGGGUGAUUUCAUCCAUUUUAAUCCGCUUAUCCGGGGCUGGGUCGCGGGGCAGCAUGCUGUAAGCAAGGUAUUCCCUCAGACAUCCCUCUGCCCAGCAACGUUUUCCAGCUCUUUCUGGGUAACCCCGUGGCGUUCCCAGGCAAAAUGAGAUAUCUAAUUUCUGCAGCGUGUUCUGGGUCUACCCCGGGGCCUUUUAUCAGUUGGACGGGACUGGAAAACCUCUAAUGGUGUGCUCACACCCAAAUUCAAAACAAACUUUUCAAGUAGCGUGAUUGCGAUUGUGAUCAACAAAGUCAAUGCAAAGACGCAAAUAGGUAGUCGCGAAAAUCAAACAGGGUUCAGAUACUCGUGCAUAGCAUAGCCCUGAUCGUUCCAAAAUCCAUUCAGAAAACAGACCUGACAAAGCAUAAAUUCGGACUUUUUGGCAUCGUGAUCGAUGGUAGUUAUUUUUGGCGUACUUUUAUCCCAAUUAUUGCAAUUAACCACAGCUAAAUCUGUACCUCAAGUAGCACUGGAAGCGGCGGUCAUCCAGAUGCACUUCCUGUGUGCCUCCGGAUGAUGUUAUGAACCCAGACGCGAUUUGGUUUUUCUGACGUAUAUCUGGGACUUCCACAAUGGGUACAAAGCAGCAGAAGUGGUUAUUUGGCCAUGGUUGAUGAGGGAAAGGAAUGUUGUUGGUGCCAAUAAACGCAAAUAAACACAAAUGCUCCCAAUAAGAUUGCAGUCAAACCCGUGCGAUCAACGCAAGGUGAAAGUUCCCUUCGCGGUUGGUGUAAACAGAACAUAACGGGAGGCCCCCAGGAGGCAUCCUGAUCAGAUGACCCAACCAACUCAACUCGACCAUUUAGAAGCAGCAGCUGCUCUACUCCAAGUUACCUCCGGAUGUCUGGGCUCCUCACCCUACCAUAGAAGCUGAGCCCAGCCACCCUACGGAGGAAACUCAUUUCGGCUGCUUGUAUCUGGGAUGUCAUUUUUUCCGUCACUACCCAAAGCUCAUGACCAGGGCCACAGGGAGUUCCCGCAGAUUUUAAACAAAUGAAAAAAAUAAAUAAAAUAAAACUCUGAAUGUUAACACAUCUCCACCCCAAGCAGAAAGACAGUCCGCUAAACUCCGCAGAUUUUCAUUCUGGAUCAACGAUAAAAACUGUAAAAAAAAAAACAUCCGCAGAUUCCGUUUGGGUCUGCUCAUCAUGACCAUAGGUGAGGGUCCAAACGUAGAUGGACUGGUAACGCUCGCAUCGCUGCUGACGCCGCAUCAAACCCGCCUGUCCAUCUUUCACUCCAUUUUACCUUCACUCGUGAACAAGAGAUACUUGAACUUCUUCGCUUGGGGCAGUAACUCACUCCCAACCCAAAGGGAGCAAUCCAUCGUUUUCCGGCAGAGCACCACGGCCUCAGACAUUUACUGACUCUCAUCCCAACCGCUUCACGCUCCCCUGCAUAACGCCCCAGUGCAUGCUGGAGGUCACGGUCUAAUGAAGCCAACAGAAUCACAUCAUCUGCAAAGGAUAAGUCUUCCCCCCCAAUUCUUCAAACUCUGCCUCCUCCACAGAGGAUGUGUUAGUCGGGUUCAGGAGUUCCUCAAAGUGCUCUUUUCACUGCUCGACAAUAUCUCCAGUUCGGGUCCGCACUUCUCCUCCCCUGCUGAACACCGCCUUAGCCAAGCCCUGCUUUUCCUUCCUGAGUUGUUUAAAGGUUUGCUAGAACUUCCUUAAGGACAAGCAAAAGUCUUUCUCCAUAGCCUUCCCGAACUUCUCCCCCACCCUGGUCUUAGCCCGUCUGGCCAACCGGCUGCUUCAGGAGACCCCUGGGCCAACCGAGCCGAAAGGCCUCCUUCUUUAGCUCAAAGGGUCAUUAGGUUGCUGCCACGAACAGGCACUGACGAACUUCUGACCACAACUCCCUAGUAUCCGCCGCCACAAUGGAGGUUUUGGAACAUGGCCCACUCAAAUUCCCCUGUCCUCAACCUCCCCGGGAUGCACAGAAAAAUUCUUCCGGUGGCUGGAGUUGAAGACCUGGCAUACAGGAGCCUUAGCCAGACAUUCUCAGUUCAUCCUCACUACACGUUUGGCCCAGACCCCAGCCCCCUGGUUCCAGAACCAGUGCAGAUAUAUCUAGCCGAUAUCGCUCCACCUCCUGCACCAGCUCCGGUUCCUUCCCCCGCCAGAGAGGCGACGUUCCACGUCCCUAUAGAGCCAGUCUGCGAUGCCAGCGGUCAGAACGCCAAGGUUACCACCUUUGCCUGCCGCUCGGCUCACAAUGCAGCCAACCCCAAUGCCUAUCCCUGCGAGUGGUUGGCCCACAGGGUGGCAGCUCCACGUUGUUCUGUCAAGAUGUGCCUGACCGAGCCCCACAGGUCAAGACUCUAUAGGUAAUUCCACGUGUUUACAAAGCUACACUCGUUUCCUACUGAGUUCAAGAAGACAUUGUUGCCUUUGAGUAAUUAAUGAGUGGUCAUUUUAUCAUUGUGGCUCAUGUAUUAGGAGUGAUAGGAAGCCCGAGGCCCCAAAAAAAAUGUCCUCAAAUCAUCCAUUGCAAUCCAGAGGACUAAAUGGAUCUCCAUGGCAGCUUUCCUUCCUGGGGUCACUGGGUUCUCUGAGAGGUGGCGACAGAUGCUGAGACAACAAACGAAACAAACCACAUUACUACUUCCAUGCAGCUACUUUUUCCAGUCAUCCUCCAGCCAGACACACUCAAAUCUGUUCUUGGGGCCUGUUUCAGUCGCUCCUUUUUCUUGAUAAUAAUGUUUUGUAAAGAUAUUGUUCUUUUUUCAGUAUUUGCACAGUAUUUAGUUACUGCAUGCCCUGUCAGUGUGUGCCACACAUGCACAAAGCCCUGUCCUGUGGUUUGUUAAGGUCUAUUUCUGUCACACACACAAAAAAAAUAAAACAAAGCAAGAAUUAAUGCCUGCCGCUUAGAUUCUAAGUUCUGCAUUUCAAGGAGGCUGGAUACACAAAAAGAAGUACACAGUUGUGUUUGUUGUCUGUCUUACUGUCCUUUUACUUUUCAAGUAUGAAAUGCUACCUGGUUCUAUUUUUGUAUUACCAAUUGUUAGUCUUCUCUUUUCACUAGCCUUUGUGCAUUUCAAAAGAGGAGAUAUCAGUUUACAUCACUGCUGUUCUGCCGUGUACAAAUGGAAGCAAAAUGUACGUUAGGUCCGGCUGUAGUGAGCUAUUAUUUAUUGCAUGUCACGUAUAUAAGCUAAACUAACUUAUGUCACUUAUGUGUCUUUCUCUGACAAAGAUAAACUGUCAAACAUGUCUUCUCUCUAAAAAUGGAUUUUUAUUUUGCAUUUCCAAUAAAUAUGUACUAAAA